CGAUCCUUUUAUAAGGACAACUUAUUUUCUUGAUCCUACUGCACUCGAAUGACAAGAAACGCGACACACUUUCAGUUUCCAACAGUGAUAUUAGAAUGUCCUAGCAAGGAGUUGUGUCUUGAUUGGUUGGAGAUCGCCGUAUUGUAUUCCAAAUGAGACGGAAAUAAGAUAUUUACAUAUUCCUUGAGAUCCCUCACAACAACAGUUCACGCAGAGCACGGACUCAAACUGUUGUACAAAUAUAUUGGCCCGAAAUUUCAGGACUUGAUGAAACGAAGAAUUGUGUGAUAUCUACUCUGUUCAAGCCUUCAAAACAACAAGCGGUGCCAUUCUUAGUCAAACCAAGUACCCUUGACAGGUUUCCAAAGAACAUGCUUGAAAGGAUAAACGAUGUUUUACGACAGUUUGUCAUUGACAAGCAUGGAACAGACGCAUGGAAUAAAGCCCGAGCGAAAAUUGGACAAGUAAUCCAAGAGAAAACGAAACAGAAGGCUACGAAUGAUGUAACGAACCCAAAAACACACUUUGGCGAUUCCCUUGACUUUGCGCGCGAAAUCAUCAAUGCUGUGUCACAAGUACUUGGCAAAAACAUAUACGAUUUUCAAGAGGACUUUGGACGUGCCGCCUUCAUGAUAUGUUUGCAGAUGCCCCAAGGAAAGAUAUUACAAUCCCUGGGGAGCUCACUGUGCGAGUUCCUAAACAACCUUGAUAACUUUGUGGACAUCUUUAUUCAGGCGAAUGAGCUACGCGACGCCAAGCCUCCUUCGUUCAAAUGCAUUGUUAAAGAUGAUGGACAGUGUUUAGAGUUACACUAUUAUUCCGUGAGACAUGGAUGGGAAUCGUGUGUUGUUGGUGCUGUUAAGUGCGCGGCUAAAGUACUUUUUAAUCUCAAUGUAAUUAUGACACUAGUAGAGGAUACAGACGUAGAAGAUCAUUCAAAUGGCAAAAUGGAUCAUUCAGUAUUUGAAAUAAUGAAAAAAAGAGAGUCUUUUGCAGUAAAGAAGCACGCCCAUUCGACGAAUCCAAAUGAUUUAAAAAUUAGUGUGCCAACGUUGUGCAGUGCAUUUCCUUUUCAUAUAAUAUUUGACGAGAAAAUGGAAAUACAGCAGCUUGGUGUUGCACUUUUAAGACUGAUAGGACACUCACUUGUACUACAUGGUACAAGUAUGGCGACUUAUUUUGAACUUGUUAGACCGGAAGUAAAAUUUACUUUCGAGUCAAUACUCUGCAGGAUUAACGGAUCAUUUCUGUUACUGCUCAAGUCUGAGACACAAUCUGAACACGUUAAAGAUAAAUUAGUGAUGGAACUUAAAGGACAAAUGAUACAUCUUCCAGAGUCGAACUGUGUUCUUUUUCUUGCGUCGCCUCUCGUAAAAAAGUUAGAGCAACUCAAAGGGCGUGGUUUGUUUUUGAGUGACAUACCAAUACACGAUGCUACAAGGGAUCUAAUACUCGUUAGCGAGCAGGCUCAGGCACAAGAUGGACUCAAAAAGAGAAUGGAACAGUUGCAAACAGAACUGGAAGUAGCUUCAAAUGAGCUCGAAGAGGAAAAGAAAAAGACAGAAGAUCUAUUAAGUUCCAUAUUUCCUCAAGAUGUGGCGACCAAACUUAUCGAUAAGCAGCCUGUCCCUGCUCGUUUCAUUGAGAAUGUAACUAUGUUAUUUAGUGACAUUGUUGGUUUUACGUCUAUAUGCGGUAAAUGCACAGCAAUGGAUGUUGUGGAAAUGUUAGAACAUCUAUAUACAAAAUUUGAUAAGCUCUGUGGAGAACUGGAUUUGUACAAGGUUGAGACAAUAGGCGAUGCUUACGUAGUUGCAGGUGGGGUAGAGAGCUUGUAUGGAACAGAUGACGAUGCGUACAAAGUCGCAAAAAUGGCCUUGGGAAUGAUGGACUUUUUAGAAAAUGCAUUGUCUCCCGAGGGGCUGCCCCUUAAAAUGCGCAUAGGUAUUCAUACAGGAUCGGUGCUCUCCGGCGUGGUCGGUACUAAAAUGCCACGGUAUUGUUUGUUUGGUCACCAUGUCACCCUUGCUAAUAAGAUGGAAUCCGAAAGUGAAGCAGGUCGAAUCAACAUCAGCCCAACAACUUACGAAUUAAUUCGCGAUGACAAGGGUCUAAAAUUCAUUCGAAGGUCGAAAUCUUCUCUUCCUGAUGGGUUCAAGAUGGAUAGUAUCUCUGGAACCUGUUACUUCCUGGAAAGAUUAACGACUUAUCCUAGCGAUGAAAGCCCUCCUUGGCAAAAGCUUGAAUCUCCAAGAGUUUUAAGGAAAAGGUCUCCACCUUUGACCGGAAACCAAUCUGAGCGUAUUUGCAACUCGGAUUCCAUCAAAAGCCCAACCCUAAGUAGUAAAGCAGUUCCAAAGCCCGAAGUUACCGCAAACAGUGGUAGUUUUUUUCAUGACGAUAAGAAUGGGAACUUUAUUAAAAAACCAACGAAAGAACAAUUUUCUUCUGAAUGCUUUAAAGAAACAUCGGUAUAGAAGUGGACUGAAGACAAAACAUCAUCUUAUGUAUUUAAAAUUAAAAUUUGCAAUCAUGCAACAGAUCUUGGCUGGCCAAGAUAUCACAUUUAUGAUAUGUUUAUAUAGCUUUAAGAAGCAAUUAGCAAAAACUAUGAUUUGAGACAUCUGCGAAACGUUUUCUAAAAUGGCAGGCUCACAAUACACUUAAUUUCCAUUCUUAAAAUCUAAUGCUAUCAUAACUACCAUAUUAAAAUUUGUAU